AAUACAAGUAAACUUUCCAUAAAAAUCCAAUGAUGUGUUGUCUUUUUUAAACAGGUUCAAAAUAUAUCAAUAAAGAGAAACUAACAGAAAGGCAGCGUAUUAAUUUCCAAGACUUUUGAGAAGUGUCAUUAGAAGAAUCAACACGUUUGAAUCUUGUUUUUCCUCUUUCCAAUGGGAAUAACUUACGACCGGGCACCUGCAUAAAUCGAUACAAUAAGCCAAACCUCCAACUAAAGACUUCCAUCCCUUGCAAACAUGGAGUGGGAUCGUUCUGUUUGCCAAAUUUUCAUUCACAUCUCGGCUCCCUCUCCAGCAUAAACUCUGCAAAAAAUAGCUCGAGAGGACCAUCGCUCGAUCCGUGUUAAAAAUGCGAUGAUCAUACCAAAAAUCUGGACGGAUACACGAAAUAUUUUGCCAUUCACAAAUCGUAGAGAAUCCCGGAAUCCCGUUUCCUAGCAACCAGAGGAGGAAGAGGAAGAGAAAGAGAGAGAGAGAGAGAGCGAGACAAGAGCUUCCUCAUCUAUUCUGGUCAUUGUAUCUCCGAAAAUGGAGUGGCACGGAUUUAACCCGGUGAAGAUCUGGAAUGGAAGGAAAGAAGAGUUCUUUUUUGAACUCCAGUUGUAUGACUUUAUUCGUUUCGACUAAUUGUGAGAAAGGAAAUUCUUUCGAUAAUCUUCAAGCCAAUUGUCAUGAUGAUCAUGCUAUUAUUACUUUAAAUUUUAACGAUAAUCUCAAGAAACACCGAGCGAAAAAUCCUAAGACCCAGCAGUUCAUCAUGAUGAGUUCAGUGUAUGCCCAGUUAUUGGUUGUGAUAUGCGUGGUCUUUUACAUCUGUGAAAUUGUUUCACCUAAAGUCCCCCUCCUGUACUUUCAAGGGUUUUAUCUGUUUUUAUACUCCGUUAGUUUAAUAUUUCUCCUCUACAUCUAUCUGUAUCUUCUACAUUUCCCUCGAAGUCCCCCUUCGAAUCCUCCUAACAAAUCCUCUGGUAAGAAGGUUAUCAUCUUGGAAAGCUUAAGAAAAGGGGAUGAUAAACCACCAACUGCUGAAGUUGGAAAUGAAACUCCUCGUACUCAAAGAGCCAAGAAGCAGAGAGUUUCCGAAAAUGAUAAGAGCCAUGGGAGUCUUUUCUUGAGAAUAGGAGCCAUAGCAUUUGGACUUGGAACUAUGGUGUACAAUGGCCUAGAAUUUGGCUCAUUUUUCGAAAUUCCAUCGUCUUCUGCGUGUUAUAGUGUGAUCGUAGGGGUCAAUCCUAUCCUACAGAUGGUGUUUACCUUUGUCCAGAUGUAUUUCAUUUUUGUCAAUUCUAGACUGAAUAUUCACAAGUGUAAGGUGCUUGCAAGAUUCGGUUUGAUGCAUAUCGUGGCCACAAAUAUAUGUGUUUGGAUACGUACAGUGGGAAAAGAAUCACUUCACGCCAUUGUCGAGCAUCACAUGGAAACUGGAACGGGUUCUACAUUGGAGGAUCUCCUCUUACCAUUGAGAGAAAAUUUUACAGGGAACCACUCGAAUCCUUGUCAGAAACAAAACAUCAUGGGUCCUGUUGUAAACAGUUCUUCGGCUUUCCUGUACCCGUUUAUAGUGGAGUACAGCCUAAUUGGUGCUGCGGUUCUUUACGUUAUGUGGGAAAACAUUGGAAAAAAUCCCGUUUAUAGCAAUCCCCCGUCAGGAAACGAAGAUGGAAUGUCUCAUAUUUCGACAUCACGUAACGAUCGUGUCAACUGCGCUGGAUCUAGUAAAGGUUUAUUUUUGGGAUUGCUUCUCCUAGUUACGGCCAUAAUAUUCCUCAUCGUCUUCUUCGUCCUCAUACAUCACGAAAAGCAUAAAUUAUUAGCUGUAUAUCUCUCAGAAUUAUCACACAUUUCAUUAAUGAUCUUGACCAUAAUUGCCAUAAUCAUAGGUUUCUUUAGAAUUAAAUUAUUAAGAUUCCAUUCCGAAUGCACAGACCAUCAGAGGGAUAUCUUGCUUCGUGUUGCAGCAUUUGGUCUCUAUGCUUAUUCCAUGUUUGGUAUUAUUGCAGGCACCUUUUCCUCUAAAUCCUACACCCCAAAUGUCUUAGUUUUAGUCACCAGUUGUUUAACAAUAUUGCAAGUAGCCAUGCAAUCGUUUUUUCUAGCUGAUGUGACGUGUAGAACGUCCAGUUUGCCAGAACACGACAGAGCCAAACCAGGGAGGCAGAUUGUAACCUUUCUAAUGAUAGCUAAUCUAAUCAUGUGGAUCAUUUAUACAUUCGAGAUGCAGAAAGUUGAAGCUAGUCCCGUUCAGAUGGAGUUUUUUGGCUUCCUUGCUUGGACAGUCAUCGUUAGAAUCACUCUACCUUUAAGUAUAUUCUAUCGUUUUCAUUCUUUCAUCACUUUUGCUGAAGUCUGGAAGAAUUCUUACAAGAAUGUAGCCUCUUAAAUAGCCACGAAACGUAUUUAAACAGAGUAGGAGCCCUUCAAAGUGGCUAGAAUAUCGAAUGAUACAUUUCAUGUCCGUCUUAGAAAGGAGCACUGCAGCACGCUGAAGCACUAGUUUUAUGCGCUUCUGUUAAUUAAUUAUAUUCUUAUCAUCUAAAUAAUUAAUUCCGUAGCUAAAAAUACUUUUUUCUAUGAUAUUUUUGUGAAGGAAAAUGCAUUUAUAUCAUCAGAAAGAUGACUUUCACGAAUUCAAUGCUGUAUAUCAUGGUAUAUUAUAAGGAUGUUUACUAACAAAUGUAGCGAUGCGAUUAUGUAGUUCGAGAUAAAUGUUAACGAGCAAAAAUUUCUAGAAAAUAAUAAUAAAUUCGGCCUUAAAAGGGAGACACGUUAUCUGAAAUAGCUCCUAUAAGGAGGCAACACGCAUAGCUUCGUGUGCUUACAGGAAAGCCGAAGCAAAGGCACCUAGCAACGACGUUUUAUUUAAUGAAAAAUCACGUUAGUAGAGGCAACAAAAUAACGUAAAAAAUUAAAAUAAUAAUUAAUUUUUCUAAAAAAUAUGCUUUAAAUGCUAAAAUUUCAUGAUUGAAUGAGUUAUUCUCCUUCAUCCAAAGCUAUGCGUGCUGCCUGCUAACAGGGGCUGAUUCUAGCUUCUUAACUGUUAAUUCUCAAUUUAAUUUAAUAUAUUUUUAACUAAACAAGCCUAAUACGUAAUAAUUAUCUAGUGAACAAUGCCUAGUAUUUAAAAAAAUAUAUAUAUAAAAGAUAUUUCUUGUAAUACUCAUCAGUCGGCAUCACUCGAUAGCAAACAUCCACGUUAUCCUUUCUUAAAACAUGAAUAAUUUUAUUAAUUACAGCAAAAUAUUCUUUAUAAUUUGAAUAUUCAAAGAAUAUUUCCGUUUAUAUAUCAGAACGGAGCAUUAUUUAUUAAUUUCUCUGUAUAAACUAUGCUCAUAUAUAAAUAUCAACUACCUAACUAUUAAAUAUUAUAAAUAUUUAAUAGUUAAUUAGUAUAGAAAUUCAAAAAAAUCAACUAUUUAAUGAAGAUAUCGUUGAUGUGAAUAUAUGCUUAGUGUCUUAUAUGCUGCCACUUAAUAUUAUAAACAGGCUAAGGCCAAUGUCAUGAAGCUCAUAUCCAUUAUAUCUAUUUAAACUUCAUAAAUUUCGUGAAAAUUAUAGAAAAUUAUGCGUAUAUCAAGAUUAUCUUCCAUCUUUAGCUGUAGAAAAAGAUGUUAGAUGCAACAAACAAGCUUAGAUUAAGCUUUAAUUCGCGUAGAUCAGCAAUUAGUAAUGUGUGUGUGUGUUUUUAGAGGCCUUUCCUCGUUAGUUCCUCCUCAAAAUCAUUAUAAAAUACAUAAAUAUAUAUAUAUAUUAAGAAGAUGCGGAGCAAAAUGAUGUUAGGAAGAUGAAUAUUUAUCUAAAAUCUUAUACAUUCAAGCUGUUAAAGAUAGAGAUCGAAAGCAGCUCGAAUGCUCAACAUAUAUAUAUAUAUCACACAUCACUUCAUAAAGAUAAUUUAUAGCAGUGAUGCUCAUUAUGCUCAAGAUUUUUCCAUUAAUAACUCUAUAAUUUAAUAAAUCAUGCAUUAUAUAACAUGUAAAGUGAAUUGGAGAAGAUGCUUAUUGUUUAAGAAUUUCAUGGUUGUUGCCACAUUCAUUGAUAAAUGCUUAGAGUAGGGACAAUAUAAAACAAUGAAGGAGGCUAUAAGAAAAAGCAUAAAUUAUUCUAAAAAGUUUAAUUGUUUCCUCUUGAUAGAGAGAUAAACUAAUAAAUUCCUUAAGAUUCUACUUAACUCUAGCAGAUGAGUUGAUGCUUUAUCCAUUAUUAAUGGUAUAAGAUCUAUUAAUUUGGUUGGGAUAGUGGGUGCAGUAUACAUGUAUGUCAAUCUGACAUCAUCUUUUAAGUUUUAGAGUGAAAAAUCCUAAAGAAUCAUAUCAAAUUUACUUUAAAAUGCAUGUUUUCUAACUACUCGAACAGUGUGAAAUGCUUAUAAAUUUUAAACUGUAUCACAAUAUGACCAUCUUCUCCACUUUUCAAUACAUAUAAUAAAUUAUUAUGCUUAAUUUUAAUAUUUUAACAUACAAAAGGUAUGUUUUCUGAUUGAUUUUAGUAGAAAUCUGCAAUAAGAAAUGUUAAGAAACUUGAUUCUUGUGAGAGAUACUUAAACAACCAACCAAAAUCAUUAUUUUAAUUAAAAAUUUCAGCUUUAAUUACCAUACAAACCUAUUAACAACAUCAUUUAACAUCAUUAUCAACCCCAAAAUCUUCAGUUUAAAUAGAACUUCACACUUAAUAAGCAUAGAAUGUAUGAACUGAUAGAUGCUAUCUUAUGUACAAAAUAUAUCUAUCAUCCUACCUCUUAUAUUUAAACAAAUAUAGCAUUAUAUAAAUAUAAAUAUAUAUAUAUAGGCCUAUAUAUAGUAUUUAGAAGAUUAUUGACCUAAUAACUGUGAAUUGUCUACACUUUGUGAUAUAAUAUAUAUAAAAAUCUCUAAUAUUCCUAUUAUAAAAUGAGUAUACCAAUGAGUAUAUCAUCAUUAUUAAGUGUGCUAUGAGUAAAAUAUUAGUGCAAUUUUCUGUGGUGCUCUAGAUGUCAUCUAAAUAGUGUUAUUCAUUCAUUUGGGAGUGCUUAAACCGGUGUUUCUCAACCCAUAACAUGCUGCGGACCCGGUACACAAAUGUGUUCAACUUCAAGAUAAUUUAUACAUCUUUAACAUGAAAUAAUCAUCAAAUUUCUUAAUUAAAUAGCUUUAUUACCAGUUUUAAUCACUUCAUACAUUAGCAGGUGAGACAAUUAAGUCUCAAUUCCCCCCCACUAAAGACUUCUAACCCAAAUAAUUUAUGAUUAUAACUCUACAUAAUUAAAUAUAUAGAAUUCCUCAACUAGGGGAUCGCGUGUCACAGUUUCACAAUUUCAAUAGCUUUAUAAACCGUCGGUCUGUCUGACUGGCGGUUGAGAAACACUGCCACAAACGAUCGAUUUUAAUUAAAAAAUUAAGAUGAGCUUUUUUCACGCAUUUCUACAUUUUAAAGUGUUAAAUGUUUGUCUUUCUCUAAUGGAAAAUACAGCAAAAUCAUUAGCAAUAGAAGAAGAAAAACAAAAAAAAAAAAAAAGUUUAUUCAUAUCAAAUCUGUAUUAACUAGCAAUAAAAGUAGACCUUCUAUACACGUUCGUGUGGCAUUUUUAAUUGUAUAUCUUUAAAAAAAUAUGCUAUAUCUAUUGUUAUAUAUGUUUAAUAUAUAGAUUUUAUCAACGAGAAUGAUACAGGGGUGCACAAAAAGUUACUUGGUGUAGCUUUAGACUGGAAUAACUUAUGAUGUGUGAACGUUACAGACUUACAAUUAACUCGGUUCGAAAGCUUAGUUAAUGAAGUUUUUUUAAGGCAUUUCGUGAAA